ACUGGAGGAAAUGGGUUGGAGUAUGAGAGAACGCGAAUAGCGGGACAUUAUUAUGUAUUAACAAUGGCUUUUGGUUUAUUCAAUUGAAAAUGAUCUGUGUGUUUGGAUAUACAUGAUAUCAUCAGAAGGAACCGAGAUAUCCUGUAAUGAAGUCUUUUAGAUACCCCGCUGAACUGCAUGAGUCGAAGGGACCGUCAAGCUGGACGGACGACCAUCUGGAUAUCACCCAUCGCAUAAUCACAUCCUAACAUCUUUCCUGAGCAUGUAGGAUGCACUGCGAAACCAGCGCGACAUUGCGUGAUAUCUCUAUCGAAAGAGAGAGCUGAGAGUGUCUGGCGCUGUAUAAAUAUCUGGCCUAUCUGCCACUACGGUCAGACUACAUCCACAUCCUCAACACUCUCACCUCGACAGCAAUGAUUUCUUCCCAAGUUUUCCUUAUCCAAGCCGCCACGCUUUCCUUCAUUGGAACCGCCUUUGCCGCCCCGUUCACGAACUCGUACUGGCUCGACACCAUCAUCGAGACGAGCGUCAUCUUCCCCAAGACGAGAUGGCUCCGCAAGGCGCACUCGACCGACUUCACUCUCGAAGGCUCCGCCGACUACGGCUCGCUCGCCUACUCUCAGGAGGCGCACAACUCCUCGACCUUCUACGCGCCAAUCACCUACUGCCCGUUUGGCAAGCGCUCGUUCUGGUUGACCGGAGAUUUGCUUUUGAAAGAUAGCGAGGUUGAGAAAACCGAGACGCUUCUGGGGACGACUUAUGAUUAUGAGACGUCGGAGACGCUUUACCGCACCUACUUCUCUCCUGCGCACGAUGGAGGCAAUGAUGUUGAGCACGAUUUGUACGAUGAGCCGGCUUCUGAGAACUCGACUGAAGUUGGCGGCUUUUGGCGACUUUCGACGGAGACCCCGCUUUCCACUGUUUGGGGAUUGAUUCCCAAGUCCGACGCGGAAGAUACUACCGGCACCGCUGUCGCGCGCUCGCAGUGCGCCACUAUUUCCGACACCAAGGCCGUUCACUGGUACGAGUCCAUCGUUAACGGCUCGCGUGGUUCCUACAUGGUCGAGUACGAGGUCACUGUCGACGACGAGACCGGCGGAACCAGCCUCAACGUCACCCGCUCGCUCGAUCUCUACAGCUCCGCGGCCGAGAACCAGCUUUACUAUGGAGUCUUUUCGUCGAUGAGAGUCAACCACGUCGUCUACAUGUACGCGGUCGACAACAGCAACUACCAGAACGUGUACGUCGCGUCCGCGCCUGCUCAGUACGUCGGCGACAAGUCGCGCUGGUUGUACUGGUACAAGUCCUCGCAGAAGUGGCUCAAGACCGAGCCCACGACCGACGGUAUUGACGCGGCCGACGCCGUGUUCUCGCUCUCUGGAUCCGAGACCUUCGUCAUGUCGAACGAGCCUGAGGAUGAGUCUGUCGCGUACCCGACCGGUGCAUCGAUCUUCUACUCGCAGUACCACUGGUCGUACCUCUUUGUCUACGUCUCCACCGCCGACCCCACCGCGCUCAUCAUCGAAUACGGCAGCACUCCCGUCGGCCCGUUCUCCAGCAACAAGAAGGUCCUAUACUCCAGCGCCGACUACAACAUGGAGUACGCUUCCGUUUCGCCGUUCAGAUUCAGCACCUCCGAGACCGAGGGAAAGACCGGAAAGGAGUUGCUUUUGACUGUCCCUGCAGCGGGCAAUAGCUCUGGCGUGCACGCCCUCAAGCUUUGGUUCAAAUAAGUGCAUGCGAUGCCGUUGAAUAUUGACACUCGCGCAGUCGAGUGAAACGAUCGAUGAUGAAGAUUUUGUGUUUUUAUAUCUGAUACCGAGAAUUUUGAAAAUUGGGGAAGAAAAUGGUCAAAAAAUGUACUUUUAGGAGAUAAUAUAGCAGUUGGAAAAGACUCCAGUGAGCGUCAGCAUGUAGACAGUAUGUAGAUCUAAGGCAUCGCCAUAGAACAUAUAACAAUACUCAGGAUACAAGAACUGCUCAGUUCAAUAUUCAAUUCGCCUCGGAAAUCACGUGCAGAGGCCUUCUUACUCAUUUAAACAAGCUCGGUUACUCCUGAAAAAAGAUG